GAUGUUAAUAUAUAUUUAUUAUAAUAUGUGCAUGAUAUGGAAUUUGGGUGGAGAAUUGUGCUUGGUAGCUUUAUUGGAUUUUGUGGAGCUGCAUUUGGAAGCAUAGGUGGUGUUGGUGGAGGUGGCAUAUUUGUUCCCAUGCUUAGUCUCAUCAUUGAUUUUGAUCCAAAAUCAUCAACUGCUAUCUCAAAAUGUAUGAUCAUGGGAGCAACUUUGUCAACUGUUUACUACAACCUUAGACUAAGGCAUCCAACAUUAGAUAUGCUUAUAAUUGACUAUGAUUUGGCACUUCUCAUUCAACCAAUGCUGAUGCUUGGAAUCAGCAUUGUAGUGACCUUCAAUGUUCUUUUCCCUGAUUGGAUGGUCAUUAUACUGCUUAUUGUUAUCUUUGUAGUGACAUCAACCAAGGCAUUCUUUAAGGGUGUGGAAACUUGGAAGAAGGAAACCAUAAUGAAAAAGGUCUCAUUAAAAUUUGUCUUCAUAUAUAGUUUUCAGUGCUCCUCAUUUUAAUUAUUGUUAGUAAAUCUGUUUAUUACAA